GCGGGGUAUAUAAGUGCUUCUCUCCCUCGUUCCUCAGAAACAGACUUUCAUUCUCCUCCAAGCUCACAAAACUGAAUAAGGAUGAACAGCGGGGUGUGUGUGUGUGUGAUCCUGGCCGCGCUCUCAGUCUCAGUGUCGUGUGCGUCUCGGCCGGUCUCAGAUGAGCGCUCUCUCUCCGCGCGCCGGCUCGCCCGCUCCGCCAGCCUCACUCUCCAGCAGCCGCUGCCACCAGCGGGCGACAUCCAGCCCGACACCCGCGCCAACCUCAGCCAGCUGCUGGCCAAACUCAUCUCCAGUAAAAAAGGCUCCGUUCGCCGGAACUCCUCGAUGAACAGCCGAGCGAACAGCGUCAACCACCGGAUAAAAGACCGGGAUUAUGUGGGCUGGAUGGACUUCGGCCGCCGGAGCGCUGAGGAAUAUGAAUACUCAUCAUAAACCAUAUAAAUACAGAAAUGCGGCUCCUCGUCUACAAAUAAUAAAGAGUAUAUUUAUUUCUACUAUUGUUAUUGUUAUUAUUAUGAUGUACAUUUGUUAAGACUCCAGUAUAAUGCAAUAUACGUACACAUAUGCCUAACUUUGCAACAAAAAAAGAAAAAAAAGGUGUGAGAGUAUCGCUGUCGUGUUUCCGUCUGUCCUCUCAUGCAGAGUCACUGAGCUCAUGUGUUUGUCACGGUUUUCAAUAAAUCAGGUCAGCAUUCAACUUUGGCCUUAAACCCUA